CAGCCCUCCACAUUGGAUAUACUUUGCCAUUCCCUCCCCUCAGUGAGCAUUGGAGGUUGCUUGUGAAAGGUCACGCCUGCCCGUGCGGCCCCUCCCUCUCAUUACUCCGCAGGUCCCCGCUGCCAUGGACGGGCGGGGAGGCGGCGGCUGCAACGCUGUGGGGAUGCGGGGAGUGGAGGCAGCAGCGGCGGCUGCGGAAGAACAACUGCCCCGGGGUGUGGGGAGACGUGGGACCAGGAGCCCGUGUAGCUCAGCAGGGACGCCGGGUACUGGCAAGGGCAGUCCCAAUGGAGAGUGCAGGAGGGAGCUUUCCGAGACGCCGCCCCGGGAGCACAAGGUGUCGUUUUCUACCGAGCCCCCGCGGGGGUCCUCACCCGGCAAGGAGUCUGAAGAUGGGGAUGUCGGGGAGGAUGAAGCCAGUUCUGGGUUUAUGCAGCGCCAGCUUUCCUCCAUGCUCCAGCCCGGGGUCAACAAGUUCUCCCUGCGGAUGUUCGGCAGCCAAAAAGCAGUGGAAAGGGAGCAGGAGAGGGUGAAAUCCGCGGGGGCUUGGAUCAUACACCCCUACAGCGACUUCAGAUUCUAUUGGGACUUCACAAUGCUGCUUUUCAUGGUGGGCAAUCUAAUCAUCAUUCCUGUGGGCAUCGCCUUCUUUAAAGAUGAGACUACAGCUCCAUGGAUUGUGUUUAAUGUGGUGUCAGACACCUUCUUCCUUAUGGACCUGGUUCUAAAUUUCCGAACCGGGAUUGUGAUUGAGGACAACACAGAGAUCAUACUGGACCCACAGAAGAUUAAGCGCAAGUAUCUGCGGACAUGGUUUGUGGUGGACUUUGUAUCUUCAAUUCCUGUGGAUUACAUCUUCCUCAUUGUAGAAAAGGGUAUUGACUCAGAAGUAUAUAAGACAGCCAGAGCAUUAAGAAUUGUGAGAUUUACUAAAAUACUUAGUCUGUUGCGGUUGCUUCGUCUCUCAAGACUCAUUCGAUAUAUACAUCAGUGGGAAGAGAUUUUCCACAUGACCUAUGACCUUGCCAGUGCAGUAAUGAGGAUCAUUAACUUAAUUGCCAUGAUGUUGUUGCUUUGCCAUUGGGAUGGCUGCCUACAGUUUCUUGUUCCCAUGCUCCAAGAUUUCCCAGCUAAUUGCUGGGUGUCUAUUAACAAAAUGGUGAAUGAUUCGUGGAGUGAACUUUACUCAUUUGCACUCUUCAAAGCCAUGAGCCACAUGCUGUGUAUCGGCUACGGGCGCCAAGCUCCUGAGAGCAUGACAGAUAUUUGGCUUACCAUGCUAAGUAUGAUUGUAGGAGCAACAUGCUAUGCUAUGUUCAUAGGACAUGCUACAGCUCUCAUCCAGUCUUUGGACUCCUCACGCAGGCAAUAUCAAGAAAAGUACAAGCAGGUGGAGCAGUACAUGUCCUUUCACAAGCUUCCUGCUGAUUUUCGUCAAAGGAUUCAUGAUUAUUACGAGCAUCGCUACCAAGGCAAGAUGUUUGAUGAGGACAGUAUCCUGGGAGAGCUGAAUGAGCCCCUGCGGGAGGAAAUAGUCAACUUUAACUGCAGGAAACUGGUAGCGUCCAUGCCACUGUUUGCCAAUGCUGACCCUUCUUUUGUGACUGGCAUGCUGACCAAAUUGAAGUUUGAGGUCUUUCAGCCCACCGAUUAUAUCAUUCGUGAGGGGACCAUUGGCAAAAAGAUGUAUUUCAUCCAACAUGGGGUGGUUAGCGUCCUCACCAAGGGCAACAAGGAGGUGAAGCUCUCAGAUGGCUCCUACUUUGGAGAGAUCUGUCUGCUGACACGAGGCCGAAGGACAGCGAGUGUGCGAGCUGACACAUAUUGUCGCCUUUAUUCGCUUUCUGUGGAUAACUUUAAUGAAGUGCUGGAGGAAUAUCCCAUGAUGAGACGUGCAUUCGAGACAGUGGCCAUAGACAGGCUGGAUAGGAUUGGAAAGAAAAAUUCUAUCCUAAUGCACAAGGUCCAGCAUGACUUGAACUCUGGUGUCUUUAACAACAAGGAGAAUGAAAUUAUCCAGGAAAUAGUGAAGUAUGAUCGGGAGAUGGUGCAUCAAGCGGAACUAAACCAACAGCUCUCCUGUGGGAUGUAUGCCACGUGCAAUCCCCCCUCUCCCCAACCACAGGUCCCCUCUGCCAUAGCCACUCUCCAACAGGCUGUGGCUAUGAGCUUCUGUCCCCCAAUGGCCAGCCCGUUAGUGGGAUCACCCCGCAUCCUGAGACGCUUUCAGUAUGCCCAAGGAGGACCCAGUGCUUUCUCUUUGUCUCCAGCCCCGUUCCAGCCACCGCUGCAGCAGAUGCAACAUCACCCUCCCCUACAGCAGGUUUCUAGACGGCCUUCCUCUGUUGUGCCUAGUCCACCAUCACAGUCCCCACGGGUGUCCCAGAACUUUGCCUACGCAGCAAAAGGUCAGACGGGCUCCCAGCUGUCCCUCACCCAUUCUGCUUCCCCUUCUCAUAGGCUUUCUGUCCAUAAGAGUACCCAUUCUCUGCACUCCGGUACUCUUACCCGUGAGUCCCGUCCACUCUCUGCCUCACAGCCAUCCCUACCACAGGGGGCAUCACAGCUACGCAGCCCACCAGUGCCUCCUUUAGUUGCUGGGGGCUUAAAUGCCCAAGUGGGCAAGGCAGUGCCUGGCUCUCAAGCUGGGCCUAGGGUCUCUGUCCCAGCACGUCUGGCCCUUUCUCAUCAGUUGUCCUCUUCUAGUUCAGUUGGUGGUGUUCUGGACUCUGCAGGUGGAGCUUCACUAGGAGGAAGGAAGGAUUCUGUUGUGAGUGCCCCGGAUACUGAUCCUAUCAGGGGACGGCUGUCUGCUAACUUGUGACACAAUGCUAAAGAGUACCCUGUCCCUAAACUGCGUGGCAGUAGGACAGUUUUUAGAAGAGGAGGCAGUAAGUACAGCUAAUAUGUACCCACCUCCAUACCUGUGCCUCAUUAAUCUUUCCACUGCUGGAUCAGGGUAAUGCUAAGUAGUCUUUAGUGGCAGGGAAGGGGCUUUCAUGUGCAAUUAACAAUUUUGUUUUCCACAAUGCAUGAUUCUCCAAAGACUAUUAGCAGACAGUAGUGUGUAAUAUAAAACAUUCCGAAACCAAUGCUACAAACAUGGACCCAUACCUAGGACUCCCUGCCACUGGUCACUACAGGGGCCAUAUCAUUGUGCAGACCAUGAUGGCAGAUACCUAUUUUUUUUUUAUUAAUGCUGUUUGCACCUAUUAAUAAACUCUUGUUUUGUGGCUUCAUGGGGGGGUAAGUAAAAGAUGUGCAAAUUUUUUUUUUUUGGUAUAAAGAGUGCUGCCUUGCCCAAACCAUGUUAUACAUAGGGUCUGCAUAUGCAAACUGCUGGCAGUUUGCUAGAGUUUAGUUCUCCUGGGCUGGAAUGAAUCAGUGUUGGUAAUUUAGAUGUUGUAGCUCAGUAAACUCCAUGGGGUAUAUUUAUCAAAGUGUGAA